AUGAGCGUCGACGACAGCUUCACCGUUGUCAAGCUGUCGUUGGCGGUUACUGGAGUGGUUUGGUACACGUUCCUGUGGGCUCUGUGUUUGCUUGGGUGCUAUACCGCGCGAAAGCGAUAUAGACCGCGUAGUCGAUCAUCUACGCCUUCUCCACCCGCGACUUCUGUACCAGGCGUGUCAAUACUACGACCACUCAAAGGACUUGAUGCUAAUCUUUACGACAAUCUCGAGUCGACCUUCACGCAAGAUUAUUCAAAUUUCGAGAUUUUCUUCUGUGUUGCAGAUGAAGGAGACCAAGCUCUUUCGGUGGUGAGAGAUUUGAUUGAAAAAUAUCCCAAUGUCACGACGCAUGUAAUGAUUGGGGAAGAAGUUGUUGGUGUCAACCCGAAAAUCAACAAUAUAAUCCGUUCAUAUCGUCAAGCGGCUCAUGAUAUCAUAUGGGUUCUGGAUUCCAACGUGAUGGUUGAUCCAGGAACCUUGGCACGGGCAGUCGACGCACUCGAUGGUCCCGCUGACAUUGCACCUCUUUCCUCUCGCCGACGAGUUGCUUUAGUGCAUCACAUCCCCUUCGCGUGGUCAAGCGAAUACUCGCUCGGCUCUCGUCUUGACGAAGCCUUUCUCAACACGAACCACGCCAAGAUGUACCUUGCCAUAAACUUUGUCGCGGUGGACUCGUGUGUCGUGGGGAAGUCCAACCUUUAUCGACGCUCGGACGUGGAGCGUGUUGAUGGUUCUCUCAAGCCUAUCUCGCAUGCGCAGGAUGAGGCCACUUAUUCAGGAGGGAGAGGACUAGCGGCAUUUGGCCGGUUUCUUGCUGAGGACAACAUGAUUGCUAGUGCACUCUGGCACGAACUUGGCCUACGGCAUGAUUUGUCUUGCGAUGUUGCCCGAAAUGCGGUCGGGAACAUGAGUUUGUCAGACUACUUCUGGAGACGUGUCAGAUGGGUACGCGUGCGCAAACGGAUGACCUUCGCUGCGACUUUGAUCGAGCCACUUACGGAGUCGGUCGUCCUAGGAGGUCUUACUGCCCUUGCGCUGAAACACCUCUUAGGCAUUCCGUCCUGGAUCUUCUUGCCAGUCCACUAUACACUAUGGCUUCUAGUUGACCUAGACGUGUUUAAGUCGCUCGCAGGACAUUCCCUUCCUUCUUCAUCACGAUGGGCAUUUCUCGAUCUACCUUUAAUUGACGACCCCCAUCAUACAGAUCAAGCUAUGGUAGAAGAGGACUCCAUCAAAGAGAGAGUUAUAUCCACUGUCUUCGCGAAACGGAAUGGGGAGAGUUAUGUCGCACAUAUUAAGAUUUGGGAAGAUGCUGGAGAGGGAGAAGCAGGAAAGAAGCCGAGAUUUAUAUUGCUCUCAAGGUCGACCGGCGCAGGCGGAUUCAUACACAAGUCGAAACUAAACUCUAAUGGGUCUUUCUCUGUUGGAAAGACUUGGAAAGUUGUAGAACUUCGAGGGAUUGAGGUCCUAAGCUCGGGUGUCUUCAAUAUAACUAUGGCCAGGACAUAUCGUUGGCAAACCGAAAGUCCAAAUGACCAAACGAACUUCAUAGCGGCAUUGAUAAAGCUUUUUCAUGCCAUUACUGGGGGCUCGGCUCCUUUACAAUUAAGAGGUGUCACAGUUCCGGACGGUCCGUCAGCCCCCAGGCCACCACCCCUUGAAUUCAGACGGAUGGAGCGAGCACCAACCCCCACCAAUGGUACACCGCUCCCCCCCGCAUCACCCAGGAGGCCGAUUGUGACGGAAGCCCAGCCCUCACGACCUUAUAAUGGACAACGUAGCGAUCAAAAUGACGGAGUUUCUCUUCCAAGUCCUCGUACUCGCGGCUCAUCCAUUUCGCGUCGAUCGGAUACGCCGUCUCGUGCUGAUUCCCCUGAUAUUUCGCACCGGACAGGUGUCUCUGAUCGACCAAUUACGCCCGUACGAACACGUCCCAAUACUCCAUCUUCUUCCCAAACAGCUCCUAUUCCGUUUGCUUUACGUCCAGGACAUACACCGCGGGCCUCGAUCUCCAAUACAACUAUUCGAUCAUUGGCUCCGGCGUCGAAUGGCGUUCCCCCACCCCCGGUGGCUCGAACAGUUGAUUUGAACGCCCCAAUUCAGGCACGGCCAGUUGUUCAAACGACGGCUCUCGUUCCUCCGGUCCGCUUGAAUGGGUCAUCGUCUAUAGGCGCAACUCUCGAUGCUCAUCCCGCAUUACAAUCUGCACAGCCGUCUCCAACGUCGGCGUAUGUGUCUACUCCAGAUGCUCUGCAUUCUGUUCCCCUGCCGGCUGCUUCAUUAGCACCCUCUCUCAAGACACCAUCACGAGCACCGAGCAAAGGUCCUCCAGAAUCUGGUCAACAACGUCGGGAUAAUGCGCGCGUAUCCUUUUAUGAUCCUGCCAAUCAAGCUGCUUUAAACCAUCUGCUAUCAGAUGAUACCAUUACACAUGACGAUGACGAUGGCGAGGGCGAAGGUGCAGCCGUACGAGAAGAAGAGAGUGCUAAGGCGACGUUAGAGAGCAUGGAAGAAAUGCUUGAGGGAUAUGAGUGGGCCAGUGACGAUCUUCUGGGCCAGAGGUCUGUCACCGGGGCAGCGGAUCGCAUUGAAGCGCGCUUAAUGGAUGAACUAAUGGCACUGGAGAAGGCUAAUGUUCAUUCAUUCCUGGAAUCUGAUGAUAGGAUACAUGUAGUCCUCAAAUAUCUUGACGAGUCGAUCACGGAGCUCGACGGAAUGGAUAGUGUUCUGUCAUCUUAUAAGAUUCAUCUCAAUGCCGUGAAUGAGGAUAUCGCCUUCAUUCAAUCUCAGAAUCGUGGGCUGCAAGUGCAAACACAAAACCAGCGUGCACUGAUGGACGAGCUGGAAGAGCUGCUGCAAACCGUCCACGUGGAUAGUGAGGCACUACUUGCCCUUACACAAGAAUCGCUUGAGAAAGCCACAAGCAUUCAGAGACUGGAAGGUGCCGCUUCUGAGCUGUACAAAGCCCUUCAAGCUGGUAGAGAACGAGAUAUGGCAGCUACGAUGGAGCGAUUAGACGAAUAUAGGACUCAUAAUUCGCACUUUUGCAAGCGCAUGCUGGACUUUUUGUCGAUCAUGGUCACUGCUCAGUCAAGAAUGGUUUUGGCCGACAACGACGGUGUUAUUAAGCUGCCCAACGGGCGUCCAUCCCUCACGAACCACCGAAAUCUGGAAUCCUAUCUCGGACGUUACUCUGGCCUGGUAUUGUACUUGAAAGAAAUGGAUGAGGGUGUUUACGCUAAAUUAUGCGCAGCUUAUUUCUCCGCCGCUAGCGGUCUACAUGCUACCCAAAUCCGAGCAUUGCUGACAUUUUGUAGUAGUCUCGUCAAGAAGGCUUUUGAUGAUGAUACGGAAGGGUUUGGUGGCACAACACCUACAACGACAACCGCUAAGGCUGCCUCGGGUAUGCGUCGUGCUGGAACCAUUGUACGCUCUCCUCUAGAAGGCCGUAGGGAGAGGAAGGAACGAAGCGAUGGCGAUAUGAUUGCCUCAGAUGCGUUCGCACUCAUUCUUGACCAAAUGGCCCAGUCAAUCUACCGUGAAGAGGAAUUCAUCGCAGAUUUUCUCCAGAUCAGCAAUGCGGGCAUUACCUUCGCCGAUUACAUGGGAUUGGAAAAUUAUUUCCGGAGACAAGCUGCAAGGACAGCGGGGCUUAGCUCAUCGACACAGAAACUCAUUCGAGGGGCGAUGGAUCUGAUAUUUGGCUUCCUUCCCACAGAACUCAAGGCAUGGCUAGACAGUGCCCUGCUGAAAGAUAAGCUUCAUAUAGUAGGCAUCAUUGCAGCUCUUGAAAGGUUUCUCAGCGAUGCUGAAGAACGGGGUAACGGGUUCUUACUCAAUCUGUUGGAAAGACAACAUGUCCGACUCAAGGGUGUGUUCGAGCGUAGGGUGAACGAACAAAUAAAAUCUAUAGAGGACAUGCGGUUGACUAGCAAGAAACGCAACGGGGUCGCACCGUUCAUUAAGUACUUCCCGACGUACGUCGGUCGUGUCGAGACACAGCUCAUUGGAGCAGAUAUCUUGGAAAUUCGACAAACUGUGGACCAGGCCUACGACAAGAUUGUCACUUCAAUGUUCGAUGCCCUCAAGCACAUGGCCAAGAUGGAUGGGGAGGGAGAAGAUAAAGGCCAACUCAAUUAUCAUGUCAUUGUGAUCGAGAACAUGCAUUACUUCGUAGCGGAAAUAUCCCAGCUACAGAUAGGCUCCGUAGCUUCCUUCUUAAGGCGUGCGCAGGUAAUCUAUGAGGAAAACCUCAACGCAUACGUCAAGAUUGUUCUUAGACGACCGUUCUUUAAAAUCAUUGAUUACUUUGAAGGAGUUGAGCGUUUGCUCAAGACCACUGCGCCAACAGAGGUGUCUUCCAACAGUAGCUACUCACGAUCUACAUUGAAGAAGGUUGUCAAAGAGUAUAAUGCGAAAGAUGUACGCAAACAUAUCGACUCGCUUUUCAAAAGAGUGGAGAAGCAUUUCACAGAAGCUUCGGAGAAAGCUACGACAGAUGAUGUGAGCGUCGGUAUAGCAUCAGGAACGGUGUUAGUCGGCGUGUGGCGGGCAUGCGAAGAGGAGCUCCUCCGAAUAACGGAACUAUUCGUGAAGAGGAUCAAUCAAUGUUACAAAGACAUGGGCGUUGCUUUAGAAUAUUCUGUCGCUGACGUUGAGGGGUCGUUCAAACGACAUAGGAUAUCUGGCUAA